AAUCUCUACGCUUCUCUCUCUGCAAUUACUCUGUUGAGAGCAUUUCUCUCUAGAAUAUCGAGUAUUGUUGAUUUGAGCGUCGGAGUGUUUUCCCUGAGGAAACAUUCUUGGGAUUUUCAGGUGUAAAAGCAGUAGAGGAGUUCAACAGUGUUGGACUACGAAGCUGCCCAAAUAUUUGGCGCCGUCUGUGGGAAUCCGAACAAGAAGCUGUGUAGUUUAACCGGUAGAAAGACAAAAUGGAUCAAUUGAAUGGAACAGAUGAUGAUGAAAGAACACCAACUGGGUAUGCAGCUCAGCCUGAGCAGUCCCAAAUUCCAACAGGAACAAGGCAAAGACAUCCCAGAUCACACAACCCACAUCAUGAACGACCUGAAAGGUCAACUGAGCCUGCUCGGACUACCGAGCUCGAAGAGAGAACCAGAGUUCUCGAAAUGGCAAUGGGUAAAAUCCUUGCUCGCCUGAUCCCUGAUGACCCCUUGAUUCCUUUGUUGAACAGGGAUGCACAGCCAGCUGUGGUUGUUACAACUCAAAACUCCCCCGCUUUGAGCAACAUAGUAGUGCCGACCAAGCCAAGGGGAAGUGGGAAGCUAAAUAACGAGCCUAGCUUGUCCAAACAUAGUGAAGAACUGUUGAAAAAGAACGCAGACCUUGAAAGGCAGCUACGAGAUGUACAAAGAUCAAUUGACAAGCUGAAAAAACCAUACCAAGAAGGAUUCAAAAUUCCCCACCUGGAGACGUAUGAUGGUUCCGGCGACCCAGAUGAGCAUCUGAACACCUAUCAGGCCAUCAUGAGAAUUCAAAAUGCCAACAAUGCCAUGAUGUGCAAAGUAUUCCCAGCGACACUGAAGUCAACGGCCAGAAGAUGGUAUCAUAAACUUCCCAGACAUUCUAUAGACUCGUAUGCCCAGCUCGCCAAGCUGUUCUCCAACAAAUUUGCAAGCCAAAGGGAGAUUAAACGUACAGCGACUGAACUGAUGCAGGUUCAUCAGAAAGAAGGGGAAUCCCUGAGGGACUACAUGCAGCGAUUCAAUAAGGCUACUUUAGACAUUGAUAAUGUCCCAGAUACCAUCUGCUUAUUAGCUUUGCUGCAUGGCCUUAAACCUGGCCGGUUUCUAGACAACCUGCUGGAAAAUCCACCUAAGUCGUGGAAUGAAGUGAAUGACAGGUCAGCGAGCUUCAUAUUAUCUGAAGAUUUUCAGUCUUCCAAGAGACGAGCUGAUGAUAGGCAGGGUAAAGAGCCCAAGCAACUUGAGGGUAGAGACGACAAGAAAAAACAGAAGGUUGGCGAGCAGAGAGGAAAACAGCCAUCCUACCCGAAGUAUGACAGCUACAUUCCCCUGAAUUCGCCAAGAUCCCAGAUAUUGGCGCAGAUACAACAUUGGGUCAAAAGACCCCCUCCCCAAAUGCAUGAUUCCUCGCGAGCUGACAGAAGCAAGUAUUGUGACUACCACCGUGGAUACGGCCAUAUCACAAAAGACUGUCAGAGCCUGAAGGAUGAGCUUGAAUUCUUAGCUCGUAGUGGAAAAUUUGAGGGGUAUGUACAGAAACCUUACGUUCGACAACCCACCCAGACCCAUUUUGUGCAAGAGUAUGGCCGAUCUCAAGCACCUAGAUAUCAGAUUGGUGCCAAUCCCAACCCUUACCAGGCGGGUCAAUACUCAUCUGAGCCGAACAGAGCAUACAAGGGGCGCCCUUUCAAUAGUGGGAUACCCCCGCUUUCUGGCACAAUCAACAUGAUCUCUGGUGGGGCCGUUCAAAGAGGCGGAGUGGGAGAAUGCACCUAUUACAUUCAGCCCGGCAGCUACAAGCGAGCAGAAGGAGAGCCCGACAUCAUGAUGCCUCAUGCAGAUCCUUUUGUGGCAACCGUUCACAUAGGCAAUCAUAACGUCAACAAGGUGUUCAUCGAUACUGGUAGCUCCCCAGAUAUCUUAUAUUGGAGCUGUUUUCAAAGGAUGCAACUGAAUCUAAGCUUGCUGCAGAAGUACGAAGGGCCCAUAUAUGGGUUUGAUAAACUGCCUGUCCUAAUUGAGGGAGUUGUUACUCUCCCCAUAUAUGUAGGCUCAGAACCACGCUUCAGGAUGGCUUCUGUUAGCUUUCUGGUUGUCAAAAUGGAAUCAGCUUUCAACACCAUACUAGGGAGGGCCACCCUCUGCGAACUGAGGGCCGUGAUCUCGCAACCUCAUCUCUCAGGGGGUUUUGAAAAUAACAGGCCCACCCAGCUCGGUCAACAGAUAAUGAGCAUAUCAGAUAUCGAACACCGACCUGAGGGUGUCGAGCAGAAGGUUGAGCUGGUAGAACCAGUGGAGACAAUCCCCCUAAACCUUGAUGUACUAGAAAGAACAGUUAAGAUCGGCACCAGGCUCACAGAAGAGGAGCGAGCAGAGCUUCUAGAGUGUUUAAGGACUAAUCAGGAUGUAUUUGCGUGGUCUAUGGACGAAAUGCCCUGCAUUCUAGCAGAUAUAGCAGUCCACAAGCUCUGCACAAACCCCACCAUAAGGCCGGUGGUUCAGAAGCGUCGCCUUUUUGGCCUUGAGAAGCAAGCUGCCAUAGAUGAAGAGAUACAAAAGCUGCUGCAGGCAGGCUUCAUCAGGAGAGUUGAGUACUCUGAGUGGGUGUCCAACCCCGUGCUCGUUAAAAAACCAAAUGGCAAGUGGAGGAUGUGUAUUGAUUUCACCAAUUUAAAUGAGGCGUGUCCCAAAGACCCUCAUCCCUUACCAAACGUGGAGAAGUUAGUAGAGCGAGCAGCGGGACACGAACGGAUGAGUUUUCUUGACACCAGCUUGGGUUAUCACCAGGUUCAGUUGCUAUUGGACGAUCAGGAGAAAACAGCUUUUUAUGCAGAACCUGCACCGAGCACAUAUCAAAAACUGGUGCAAGUCGUCUUUAAGCUCCAGAUCGACAAGAAUAUUGAAGUAUAUGUGGACGACAUGAUAGUCACCAGUAAACGAGCGGAGGAUCAUAUAGCUUACUUGAAUGAAACAUUUCAGAACCUGCGCCGAGCACAAAUGAAGUUGAACCCCUUUAAAUGCACGUUUGCUGUAGAGUCAGGGAAAUUCCUAGGGUACGUGGUGUCCAAGAAAGGAAUCGAGGUGAACCCAAAGACGGUUCAGGCCGUUCAGUUCAUAGCCAGGUUGGCAGAAAUGUGCCUCCUGUUCUUUAAAGCCCUGCGGGAGCCCAAGAACUUUUGGUGGACCAACGAGUGCCAGCAGGCGUUUGAAGAGCUCAAGCAAUAUCUGACAUCAGCACCCCUACUUUCCAAACCUGUGGAGGGGGAGAAUUUGUACUUGUACCUGGGGGUAUCAGAGGAGGCCGUGAGCCCGGUUCUGCUCAGGGAAGAGAAUAAGAAUCAGAAGCCUAUCUGCUAUGUGAGCAAGGUUUUACAAGGCGCCGAGCAGAACUACCCACUAACAGAAAAGGCUGUUUUUGCCCUGGUUUACAUAGCUCGUAAGUUGAGAGCUUACUUCCAAUCGCAUCAAAUCAUUGUCUAUACCGAUCUGCCAUUGAGGAAAAUACUGCAGAAGCUGGAACUCUCUAGUCGGCUUAUCCGGUGGAGCGUCGAGCUGAGUGAGUACGACCUCAGGUUUCAGCCGUGCACAACCAUAAAAGGCCAGGCUAUAGCGGACUUCCUGGUGGAGUGCCUUUCGGCGACGGCAGAGGAAAGGACACCUGAAUACCCAACCUGGAUCUUAUACGUGGAUGGAGUCGCUAGCAUUGAAGGAUCGGGUGUUGGGGCUAUGUUAGUGGGCUUAGAUGGCUUUAAAUCUGAGCAUGCAUUGAGGUUUAAGUUUCAGACAAUGAACAAUGCUGCAGAAUAUGAAGCCCUUAUUUAUGGUUUGAAGUUGGCAUCGGAGCUGAAAGCACAAACCAUUCAAGUUUUUAGCGACUCCCAACUCGUUGUGGGCCAAGUGAAUGGUAGCUGUGAAAUCAGAGAUCCUCAGCUCGGUCGUUAUGCCUCUGUGGACAUUAACCGUCAGAGAUCAACAUUUGUAGAGGUACUUGAUGCCUCGAGCUACACCAAUUUCACAAUCGAGUCUCAGUUGCUCAGCACAGAUCCCUUUUCACCAAGCUGGACUACCCCGCUCAUAGAAUAUCUGCACACUUCAAUGCCCUUAUUGCGCUGCCUCACUCCUUAUGAAGCUGAAUACGCUAUGAGAGAAGUUCAUGAAGGAGUAUGCGGCACACACAUAGGCGGCAAAACUUUAGCUCAGAAACUCUUGAGGCAUGGUUAUUACUGGCCUACUAUGGUUGAGGACGCUCAGAGCUAUGUCAAAAGGUGCCCGACUUGCCAAUUCAAUGCUAAUGAUAUUCACAUGCUAGGAGAAAUGUUCUCACCACUUUCAUCACCCUGGCCUUUUGCUCAAUGGGGAGUGGAUCUGCUUGGCCCUUUUGUCAAAGGCAAAGAAGGUUGCACCUACUUGGUUGUCGCGGUGGACUACUUCACCAAAUGGAUAGAAGCCAAGCCAUUGUCCAUGACAACAGAGAGGAAAAUAGAAGAAUUUCUGUUCAAUUCAAUAUUAUGCAGAUUCGGCAUACCUAAACAGAUCAUCGCUGACAAUGGUCCACAGUUCCGAGCUGCGGCGCUGAGGUCAUUAUGUGACGACUAUGGCAUCGAGCUCGCCUUGACAUCUAUAUAUACUCCACAGUCAAACAGACAAGCUGAGUCCGCUAAUAAAAUCGUCUUGCGAGGCCUCAAGACGUGUGUUUUAACUGCACGUUCUAAUUGGGUUGAUGAGCUCAAUAAAGUAUUUUGGUCAUGUCGCACUACACCCAGCUCGGCCACAGGCGAAACUCCGUUUAGCCUUGCCUAUGGAGCUAAGGCCGUCAUCCCAGUAGAGGUCGGAUUGUCAUCUGAUCGAGCAGGUCAGCGUGACGAUCCCAACAAUGAGCAACUUUUGAGAGAGAACAUAGACCUUAUAGAAGAGGUUAGGGAAAUGUCUCGAAUAAGAAAUAUGGCGUAUCAAGGCCGUGUAGCAAAAUUCUAUAAUAAGAGGGUCCGAGCUCGUCAGUUUCAGGUUGGUGACCUGGUUUUACGCAAAGCUGGAUUGACCAACGCUUAUUCACACUUGGGCAAGCUCGCUCCUAAUUGGGAAGGUCCAUAUAUGGUUGUUCAAGUUAACCGACCUGGAUCUUACACGUUAGCAGAUAUGCACGGGCACCAGUUACCAUUUACAUGGAAUGUUCAGAAUCUUAGAAAGUUUUACAGUUGAUUUGUAUUAUUGAUGGAUAUUUAGAGAACUUGAAUGAUGUAUGAGUGCAAUGCAAAUAAUAUAUACAGUUCUCA